AUGAACUUGCGUGAUUUUUCUUCUGCAUGUGCCUCCAUUUCGCCCCACCAUACUCUGCCACAUCUCUUUAAAUGGGAUACUCACACUAGAUUUCCAAAAUCUUGCUUGUCUCAAGAUUCUUUCAUUCACAUCUCGCCUCCUAAAGCCAUACCAUCAUUCGCUUUGAGCUCUUUGACACCUAUUCCAUGUAGCAACACGACAUCAUCCCCUCUCAACCGAGGACCCAUUGCUUCCACCAUCCGUCUGCCUUCUGAAAUGGACGCCCCGAUGGAACAUUGUAGCGGCCAGACCCAUAUGCGGGACAAGCCUGGCUACCCGCCAGGACGAUUCAUCGAAGCAGAAAUGUAA